ACAAUCUUGUGUAUUGUAUUGCUCGUUUUUUUGUGUGUGGUAUGUAUCUAAAUCUUGAAACGAAAAACAUCGACAGAUGGCUCAAGAUCAUGUUAUGACUAAUAUUUUUAGUUAUACUUAUGAGGAUAUAUAAAAAUCACGAUACUUAAGGAAUAAGUGUGAACACGAGAUUGAGAACAAUGGGUAUAAGGAUAAUGUUUCCAUAUCAAAAUCGAAUUUGAGAGCUAUACUUUCGUAAAUUUGUGCAUCGGGAUAAAUAGCGAAUGAAACAUGGCGUUUGUUUCUUUCAUAUGUUCCGAAUAUAUUGGUUCUUGAUUUUUUUCCUUACGAACUUUCAAUUUAUCACAGUGAACGAGGCUCCUAUGUGUUGAAGCUUCGUUUUCUUUCGCAACAUUUCACCGCAACCGUGCGAACAGUCAAUGGUCUAUUGAGAUGUGGAACGUUUUUGAAAUAUCGAAGAAUACAACAUGACGUCCCGUAGUUACACAAAAUCUUACAGCCGUAAGGUCAGCAGUGUGACACCUGGGAGCAUUCAAUUCGAUAAGCUUUUUAGGGAGAACAGCAAUCGACCUUCUGCUGCUAAAUCAGCAGGCACUGUUGGAAAAUGGGGUAUUACAUCUUUCACAUCUAUCAGAAGCACAAAUAUCAAUGGAAGAAGAGAUGAUAUACAUAAUACAUUUGGUGCAAAGAGAAUAAAGCUCGAUUAUGGAAAUCAAAACGCUCGCGUUAAUUCUGGAAAAGAUCCGUUUUCGUUUGAAACUGAUCCAGACAAUAAGCCAGAUGUAGCACCACCGGUUGUUAAACCUAAGAAGUUUUUUAAGAGUAGAAAUGUUCCACCUCCGAUAGAAGAAUCUCGCCAGGAUGUGGCAAUAUACAAACAAGUACCUGAUUCACAUUAUGGACGAACACGUCCUCCAAAAGCGACUCUGCAGCCGCCUCUGCCACCAAAGCAAUCUGUGACGAAAGUGUCGAAUGCUCCGGCUAAAAAGAUAACAGAAACUUUAGAUGCAACCAAUAACGAUGUAACUCCUAGCAGGGAGGAAGGAAAGCCACCUAUCGUAUUGAGAAUAUGCAAAGGCACAGCACGAUUAGUGUGUGCAAACGUUCAGCCUGCUCCAGAUCCUGAACCUGAAACGUACAGAAUUUCAACACCACUUAUGAGUCCGACGAAAACGGAUGUCGAACGUAAGAAUGUUAAUACGGACACGCUAAAAUCUGAUCAUAAAACAGUCCGUUCUCAACAACCUAUUGUUUCCACAGUUACAAUACCAUUAGAAAAUUCCGAGAUGAGAAGAACCACUCGUAGUCGAACCAAAAAUCUGCAUUUAGAUUCAACACCAUCCUCUGCUGUGUCCGCAACACCGGUAACUCCCAAUUCGCAUAGUUCUGGUCUUUCUUUAACGCUUAGAAAAUCCGUCACCGAUUCCAACAAUACCUUAAUAUCACAUUACGAUAUCGUUAAGACUGAUUGUGGUUCAACAUAUGCCUGCAAGCCAGCAAUCGAACCAUUAAUUGGGCGUGAUCAACCACUGCCAACUACAACACAAGAACUGAUCGACAUAUUGUCGAAUGAUUCUGAUCCUCUGCAGACGAGACCAAUGAUAAUAAAUGCAUCAGAAAACGAGGAAACUGUUGGAACCGUUCCGGACGAAGUUCAACACUGUUCGAUAGAUAUUCCGACGAACGAGGUGAUCUCGGAGCCUACUCCGCAGCCCGAACCGGCAUCGCAACCUGAAACGGUUCGUAUACCCGAACCGGAACCAGAACAUGAAUUGGAGCCAGAACACGAAUUGGAGCCAGAACCGGAGCCUGAACCAGAACUAGAACCAGAACCAGAUCACGAAGUAGAAACCGAACAACCACCUCGAGCUAGUGACAACGACACAGCUACAGCUAAAACCUUAGUCGAUCAAGAUUGGUUUUCUGGUAGCGACGAUAGUGAAGGUAUCAGUGGUAAUGCAGAAAGUGACAUAGCUUUACACGUAACAAGCACGGUAGUAGAGUCUCAACCCCAAAAUGCACCAUCUGCAGCUAUUCAGAAACCUGCUACCAAAAAAGGUAGCAUUUUUAAAAGUCGCUCUACAGGUGCAACAAACGGAAAUAAAAGAAGGGCGCUGUAUAAACAUAAAUGGUGUGAUAGCGAUAAAGAAUCAAAUACCGCAGAUACUGCUACUGCGGGUAGUGAUACACCAACUACUGCUUCAGGAUCCCAUAGCAAUACCGGGCCUGUAGAAUACGAGGAAGAAUUCGACCCUUCGCAACUGACAAGAGUUGUCACAUAUCCUGAAACUGUUGCAGGUUUUGAGGAUGAAUCCGAUGCUAUAACUAGCAUUCGUUGUGGCAAGAAAGUUAAGGGUUUUUACACUGUAGUAAAGAAUGUAAAAAAAGCACAUCAAAUUCAAGAAAGUGGAGAAUUUCAAGAGUUUAAUGACGAUGUUGAAUAUAUAUUAGACACUUUAAGGGAGAACAAUCCGAAUGCUACUCGUUGUCUUUCAGCUAUACGAUUAGCUAGCAAAUGCAUGGCACCCGCGUUUCGAAUGCAUGUACGUGCUCAUGGCACAGUUGCCAAGUUUUUCAAAGCACUUCAUGACGCGACCAAGGACCAGAGCCUUGCUUUGUGUACAGCAACAGUAAUGUUUGUAUUAAGUCAAGACCGUUUAGCUAUGGAUUUAGAUCGGGAUUGCUUGGAAUUAAUGUUAAGUUUGUUAGAAUCUGAUGCCAGUCACAAAGAUGCGCUCGACGAUUGUGGCCUUAGCGGGGCUGAAUUGUUAAAGAAUAGAGAGAAAGUACGCCAAUUAUGUGCUGAUAUUCAAGCUCAAGGACACGCGAAACAUUUAAAUCUGGAUAAUAUCACCGUUGGUCAACUUGCUAUGGAAACACUUCUCAGUCUUACAUCGAAACGUGCUGGCGAAUGGUUCAAAGAAGAACUUAGAGAAUUGGGAGGAUUAGAACACAUUGUUAAAACAAUCAGAGAUUGUCACCGUCAUAUUAAUGCUCAGGAUAUUACGAGAUCUGGUUGGUCAGAUCCUUUAUUAGACAAAUUACGUAAAGUUGAUAGAUGUCUACGUGUAUUAGAAAAUGUUACUCACAUGAACGAGGAGAAUCAAGUAUAUUUAUUGAAAUACGAAAAUGGAGUUUUAGUCAGCACAUUAGCAAAUUUGUACCAUCUUUGUGGACAAGAAAUUCCUAUUUAUCCAACCAUAGAUCCGAGUGAUAAAACUUCUACUGGUGCUGUUAUUAGAGAGUGUCUGUUUGCUAUUAUUAAAGUCCUGAUCAAUCUCACACAUCGAUUCAAUAGACAAUCUUUCGGAAGCAAAUCAGUAGGAUCGCAAACAGGAGUUCUGGAUUGCAGUUUGUACCUUUUGUUACGCGUUCCCGAGUCACUUCCUGAAGAGAAGCGUUUCGAUAUGAUGAUGUUGGCAUUGAUUCUGUUGAUAAAUUUAGUAGAACAAUGUGAUGAUAACAAACAAAUUCUUAUCGAUUCAAAAGCUCCCCCGUCUCCAGAAAAUAUUUUUUAUGCAUCUGAAGAAAGCGGAGUAGAAUCUUUAAUCGACCUUUUCUACAAACAAGAGGAAUUAGCACGUGCUGAAGAGCAAAAAACAAAUGCUAUUUUAGACGGGGAAAAAGAUAGCGAGCAAACGGAGACUGUGUCGACUACAACUAAAUCUCAGGAGGAAUUUAUUGAAGAAACUGUUACGAAAUUAUUGCAAAAGGCGGGUCGCCACAUGGAACAUACUUUAAUUGGAGCGUACGUUGUACUCCUACUUGGUUACUUAAUAAUGGAUAAUAAGGAUUAUGAAUCGUUGGUACGAAGUAGACUUCCAGAUAAUAAUUUUACCGCUAUGGUGUCUGUACUUCAGAAAUUUUUCAAUUUCAUGAAUCUAACGGCAUCGAAUGAAGUAAGUAGUUGCGGAAUCGCUGCUACUGAAAAGGUGAUUAAGUUCCUAAAAAUGUCGGAUGCCAGAGUCGAGGAAGAGAAAAAUGAAUUACCAUUACCAGCAUUAGAAGAUCCAAACAUAAUGCUUGAUUUGUCUUCGUCUUGAUUGAUAUAUUUUACAAACACUUCACGUUUUUUAUUACCCUGGCAAGCAAAAGGAGCCAAAGUUAUAUGUGUCCAACGAAGGGAAUUUCUAUCGCAGUAUGGAUGGACCUGUUUCAUAUUGACCAUAUAUUUUGAUAUAUAUUUAUUCACUUACGUAAUUUAUUGCUGUACCUUUCAUUAAAUUGUCUUAUUCCUCCCUAGUACCAGUAACACAGUUAGAUACUAAGUGUAAGUUGUUAAUUAAUCGCGCAGAGAAACUAAUAUCAUAAGAGACGCGCUUUGUAAUUACGCAUACAGCUUACUUAAGUUCUUGGCUGGCGUGUAUGUAUUAUUAUCAAUUAACUGAUUUAGCAAAUCGAUCAUGUCUUGUUUACUUUUAUGAAGGUCUGUCUGACGAAAACUACGAGAACAUACAGUGUACUUGCCGGAUUUUUAAUUCGUUUGCUGUAAAAUAACGCAUAAAUUCCCAAAUUUUACCGAUUACUUUUAAUCUACCUUGUAAGCUCUUAAUUACGUAAUUGGCGGGGUGUUGGGGUUUAUUACAACCCGAUUAAAAUUUUCGAGAUAGCAUUAUUAUAUAAGUUCAUUUUAAUAUUAAAGAUUAUACCAUAAGCCUUGUAAAUUAAAAUUUAUAAAUUAUAAUUGUAUCUUAAAUUCACAGUUUCCGAGUUAUUGGAUCCCAUUAACAGGCGCAUGAUUUCACAAAACACUUUUAGUCGCGUGUUUUGCCUGAUAAAAUAAGGGAAAAAAUCAGAGAUAUAUAUUACAUUGUUAUGAAUAUGCAAUAAACUAGCUUCGAACGCUAUGGACUUGUAAAAUAAAGCAUUUUUUUAAUAAACGUUCAGAUACGUUGUGCAUUAGAGGA